GGCAGCAGUAAGUAAAACUUUGCGAAUUUUCGCGACAGUAAGGAUCGCAUGACUGGAUUCACCCCUUCGAGUGCCCGGUACGGCAGCAGCAACAGCAGCAGUCCUACCCCGUCGGCGUCAGAUCCGCCAAAGAAACGGACACGGGCAAGCAAGCCAAAGGUUCGAACCGGCUGCAUUACAUGGUAGGGCUCCACCAUCUCUCCUUGGAUAGCUACUACGAAUGACGGCUGAUAUAGCUUCUCAUCAUCCUUCUCUCAGCAAAAUCCGACGAGUCAAAUGCGGCGAAGAGAAGCCGGCCUGUCUGCGGUGCACAUCAACCGGCCGCGUUUGUGACGGCUAUGACAACAAGGGGACGUCCUCACCAUGCAGUCCUCCAAAAUCAGCACACACGGCCGAGCCAGCUAAGACCAAGUCCGUCGAGACGUGCCCUUGGAGCAGGGCGAUUCAAUCGAUGCGUGCUACUGGAACCUGCGCCGACGGCACCAAAACCAAGCAGGAUCCAUCAUUUACUAGACUCCGGGCUUUCAGCCCCGACACCCUCGCCGCCAGGCAUGACUCGGCGUGUCCGUUCACGACCUUCUGGAACCGUGUGAUGACCCGGCCGAGCGACCACUGCCCGGACGACGCGGCCCUGCAGCACGGCCUGGCGGCGUUAAAAGCGGCUUACCAAGCCUUCCAAUACCCCGACGACGACGACGACGGUGUCGAAGUCUUCAUCAUACAAGAGUACAACAAGUCCAUCGAGCGGCUCCAGCUGGUGGCGGCCCACACGGCAACGAGCCUGCGCGUGACGCUGCUCUGCUGCCUCGCCUUCAUCUCGCUCGAGACGCUGCGCGGCAACCACGCCGUGGCCGUCACCCACCUCGUCAACGGCCUGCGCAUCCUGCAGUCCCUUCCCCCGUCGGAUUCCGGUGACAACAACAGGGACACCAACACCACCCUCGACAUGCCCCACAUAAUCCAGCUCUUUGCCCGCCUCGAAGUGUCCGCCUUCGGCGCCCACGGCGGCAGCAGUAGCAGUGCUAGUAGUAGUUCCAGUAUCCAGCCCGUCGUCUCGCAGAGGGAGUAGCCGACAGACCGAACCCGGUGAUGCUUCGAUGGUAGCAGCAGCACGAGGCACCCGCGCCCUUCCCCACAAACAACACCCGCGGCUACAGCGGGAACCUAAACAUUACUAUCAGACCCUGCGCAGCAGUAACGACAGAACAGCAUGCAUGCCUGCUUGCUGGGAGCAAGCAUCCUCCAGGUCUGAAUAGGAGGCACAACAACGAAAACAGUGAGCACUGCACUGGCAUACCACCAAGUUCGUUCAAAAUUUCACGGGACCAU